UUUUGGCAUAAAAAAGUCCAAUUGUUUGUAACGACUCCCAAUGUUCUACAGAAAAAGACUAUCUUGCAGCUUCUCAACUAGAUAUCGAGUAAGUUUUGCAGAAAAUUGCAUUCCAAGAUGGAAGAGAUUGCUACAUACUAGUAAUUAGGAGUAAAAGGUUUCAUAGCUAAAGGUCUCUCUCUCUGUCCAUCGAUUGAGCAAGGAAUUUUAGGGAGAUGAAACGACUUAAAAUGGCGGGAUCGUUUGUUUGGAUGAUGAUGAUUACGAUACUGGGACUGCAGCUGCAGGUUGAGGUAGCUCGAGCACAAAAUCAGACUCGGCCCUCAAAUGGUACUACACCUGCUUCCGAAGUGAAUGCUUUGAACUCCAUCUAUAGAAAAUGGGGUUUUUUGGCAUCAAACCAAUUGAUAAUAACCGCAGAACCAUGCACUGGAUUUGCCACCGACAAUACCAGCCUCGCGGUGGAAAAUGAAGAGUACAAUCCCGGUUUCAAAUGCGAAUGCAAUGGGACUGUUUGCCACAUUACUGGUCUGAAAGUCUAUGCGUUAGGGGUUGGUGGUCAAAUCCCAGACGAGCUAUGGAGUUUAUCUUACCUCAAUGAUUUGAACUUGGCCCAAAAUUACCUGACUGGUCCCGUGUCUCCGUCCAUUGGCAAUCUAACUCGAAUGCAGUACAUGACCCUGGGUCAUAAUUCGUUAUCUGGGGAUGUUCCAAAGGAACUUGGGAAACUUACUGAAUUAAGAACACUGGCCUUUAGCACAAAUAACUUCUCUGGCCCACUGCCAUCAGAGCUUGGGAAGUUGACAAAAUUAGAGCUACUGUACUUUGAUAGUUCGGGAGUUAGUGGAUCCAUACCUUCAACAUUCUCUGCUCUCCAAAACCUGCUAGUAAUGUGGGCUCAAGACAACGAACUCACUGGUAGCAUACCUGACUUCAUAGGGAGUUGGUCAAAGCUUAUUCAAUUGAGGUUUCAGGGAAACUCCUUAGAGGGUCCUAUACCAUCAACAUUUUCGGACUUAACCGCGCUCAUGGAUUUGAGAAUAAGUGAUUUAGCUAAUGGAGGCUCUUCACUGGCGUUUCUUAAGGAUAUGAAGUCUCUGAAUGUUUUAAUUCUAAGGAAUAACAACAUUUCUGGUUCUAUCCCAUCAAAUAUUGGAGAUUAUCAACGUUUGUCACAUCUGGAUUUGAGCUUCAACAGUUUAACUGGAUCGAUUCCUGAUUCUCUGUUCACUUUGAGUUCUCUCUCUUACCUGUUUCUUGGGAAUAACAAGUUUACCGGUAACAUUCCUCAACAAAAGAGUUAUUCUCUCCUUUAUAUAGAUUUGUCAUACAAUGAAUUAUCUGGGAGCUUUCCUUCUUGGAUCAACCAAACAGGCUUACAACUUAAUCUAGUUGCCAAUAACUUCACAAUUGGAAUUACAAACAACAGUGUUCUGCCUUCAGGAUUGAGCUGUCUCCAAAGGAACUUUCCCUGCGGCCGCAAUCUUCCUGUUUAUAACAACUUUUCAGUUAAGUGCGGAGGUCUCGAAACUAUAUCCAGUAAUCAGAUUAUCUAUGAGAGGGAUGAUGAGACCCUGGGUCCGGCUACAUAUUAUGUGACUAGUACAAACAGGUGGGCAGUAAGUAAUGUUGGACGCUUUGGGGACAACAACAAUUCUAAAUAUACAAGUAACUCUUCAUCUCAAUUCUUCGCAAAAACUUCGGACGCAGAGCUGUUCCAGACAGCACGUAUCUCUCCUGCAUCACUCAGAUAUUAUGGGUUAGGGCUUGUGAAUGGUAAUUAUACCGUCAGUCUGCAGUUUGCAGAGAUAACAAUCCUGAAUCCUAAGGGUUGGGAAAGUCUUGGAAGGCGUGUUUUUGAUAUAUACAUCCAGGGGAAUCGGGUCUGGAAAGAUUUUAACAUUAAAAAGGAGGCCAGUGGGGUCUCUUUCCAAGCUGUUCAGAAGGAUUUCCCAGCUCAGGUGUCAGAAAACUACCUUGAAAUCCAUCUAUUUUGGGCUGGUAAAGGGACUUGCUGUAUACCCACUGCUGGUACAUAUGGACCUUCUAUUUCAGCAAUCAGUGUCACCCGAGAUUUCAACAAUCCUCCAACCGGCAAAAAGAUUAAGAUCGGUUUGAUUUUGGGGAUUUUUGUUCCUGUUGGAGUUGUAAGCUGUCUAUCCGUACUUGUGCUAUUUUAUUUCGUUCAACGAAGAAAGAGGCUACACAGGAAUAAAGAUGAAGAGCUCCUAGGGAUCGAUGCUAGGCCUUACACUUUCAGUUAUGCUGAACUAAAGGCUGCAACAGCAGAUUUUAAUCCUGCAAACAAACUUGGGGAGGGAGGCUUUGGACCUGUUUUUAAGGGAACAUUGAACGACGGUCGGGUGAUUGCUGUCAAACAACUGUCUGUGGCAUCCCACCAAGGAAAGCGUCAAUUUGUUGCAGAGAUCGCGACAAUAUCUGCUGUGCAACAACGAAAUCUUGUAAAAUUGUAUGGAUGCUGCAUUGAGGGAGAGAAACGACUACUCGUUUAUGAGUAUCUUGAAAACAAGAGUCUUGAUCAAGCAUUAUUUGCACGAAAGACAAGCUUGUACCUUGACUGGCCCACUCGUUUUGAUAUAUGCUUGGGAGUAGCAAGGGGUCUAGCUUAUCUUCAUGAGGAAUCUCGGCUUCGCAUUGUACACAGAGAUGUGAAGGCCAGCAAUAUUCUUCUUGACUCUGACCUCAACCCCAAAAUUUCUGAUUUUGGUUUGGCCAAACUUUAUGAUGACAAAAAGACCCACAUAAGUACCCGUGUUGCUGGGACAAUUGGGUAUCUUGCACCUGAGUAUGCUAUGCGUGGGCACCUUACAGAAAAGGCUGAUGUGUUUGGCUUUGGUGUUGUAGCUUUGGAGGUUGUUAGUGGACGGCCAAAUUCUGACACAAGCUUGGAAGAAGAAAAGAUUUAUCUCCUUGAGUGGGCUUGGCAUCUACAUCAAAACAACAAUGAAGUGGAGCUAGUGGAUGCUAAUUUGUCAGAAUUUAACGAGGAAGAAGUAAAACGAUUGAUAGGAGUAGCUCUUUUGUGCACUCAGUCAUCCCCACAGACACGUCCAUCUAUGUCACGUGCAGUUGCGAUGCUUUUGGCAGACAUUGAAGUUAGUGCUGUAACUUCACAGCCUGGAUAUUUGAUUUCUGACUGGAAGUUCAAUGAUACAACUAGUUUUAUGAGUGCUGAUACUCAAACUACGAAAACCGACCAUAGCCACUACAGUUCAUCAUCAAGUACAAGCGUGACUGCUGAUCGAGACUCUAAACCUAUGCUCCAAGAGAUCAUCGGAGAGUAGGCGAUGUUUGUUAUUUCUUCAAGAAAUAAAUAGAGAUUACUGCAAGUAGGUGACGUUUGUCUGGAUAUCAUCAGUUUGCCUUUCUGACAAUUUAAGCUCAUCGCAUUUUUAGCUCAGCAUGUUGCUCACACCACAAUUGUAACUCUCUUCGAUUCCGGGACAGGUGACUGAGGUUACAACAAGAAUAUAGGAGCAGUUAUUUGAAAGGAAUAUUAAACACAUGGGCAGUACUUGGAUUGAAGAAA